AUGAAUCGAUCUCUUUUUCUCAGAAUUCAAUCUGCUAUAGAAGCUCAUGAUCCAUAUUUUGUUCAGAAAAGGGAUGCUGCUGGACAUUUAGAAAAAUACAUGAGGCCCCCGAAUAAAAAUGACACAGAUAGAUUGUUAAAAGAUAAUGAAAGUCGUGGGUUUCCUGGAAUGUUAGGAAGUAUUGAUUGUAUGCACUGGAACUGGAAAAACUGUCCAGUCCCUUGGAAAGGGAUGUAUGUUGGUCAUGUUCGUGAACCGACUAUAAUUCUUGAAGCUAUAGCAUCACAUGAUCUUUGGAUAUGGCAUGCAUUUUUUGGACUACCGGGAUCACAUAACGAUAUAAAUGUUUUAAAUCGAUCUUUUGUAUUUUCAGAACUUGCUGAAGGACGAUCUCCACCAGCCAACUAUUCAAUUAAUGGUCAUCAUUAUUCAAUGGGAUAUUACCUUGCUGAUGGUAUUUAUCCUUCAUGGUCAACAUUUGUGAAAACAAUUCCAUCUCCACAAAAGUCAUAA